CUUGUUCCUAGUUACUUGAUCGCAUGCGCCGCGCAAAGUUUGCCCCAAAUCCUACUUCCAUCUGAAAUGGGACGGGUGUUAAGAGGACCAAGUCGUUAGGAGAUCUAGAUCUGUGCGGUCUGGGUGGAUGAAGAUGAGCAGUGGUGCGGGUAGGGGUGACCUGGUGCACCGCGGAGCUCACAGCCAGGGACGGUCUGUUGCAGCUCUGGUGGUCCGCUUCAUCACCAGGAGGUUCAUCGGCGAGUACGACCCCAACCUGGAGAAGGUGUACAACUUCCACACCAUCAUGGACAACGAAAUGGUCUUCUUCGAGAUUCUCGACACCGCAGCGCAACCCCACGAGAGCGAGUGCCUGACGCUGGAGGCGAACAUCCGGUGGGCGGAGGCCUUCAUCCUCAUGUACUCCGUGACGGACAAGUGCUCGUUCGACGAGUGCAACCGCCUCAAGUUCCUCAUCAACUACAACAAGAGGAAACGUCGGCUGGGCUCCAACAGCUCCAAGGAAUCGCUGUCGGACGUGCCGGUAGUCCUCGUCGGGAACAAGAUCGACCAGUGGGGCGACCGAAUGGUCUCCCCCGAGGACGGGCAGCGGAGGAGCAAGGAGAUCGGCUGCGUCUGCUUCCACGAAAUCUCUGUGCGCGAGGACUUCGAGCAGGUUUGGUCGGUGUUUCGAGACGUGUGCCACUUUUGGAAAGUGCACAACAAGUGCCCGAAGUUGAAGCGAUCUUCCAGUGACUCCCGCUCCGAGCCCCUAGUCAGUCCCGAAUCAUCCGGAAUACGUUCCCUUUGUGGUUCUAUGAACGGAAGUUCCACAGCUCUCAUAAACAGCCGGUCUAAUAUUUCUGCACCGUUCAGCACAAUAGGUCGAAGAUGGACCGAAGUCGAACUAGAUGAAGAGGAUGAAUCUGAAGAGGGUGUCACAGAGCGCAAAAGUAGUGCAGGAGAUAGUGAAGUAUCUAUGGAAUCAUCGUUGCCACCUUUCCGAGCAAGAGCAUCCACUGACGGCCACUUGUUGUCAAGACCUCGUCGCUGGCGUUACCCACCACCCUCUCUGUCUAGUCAAACAUAUCAUGGAGGAAGUAGUAGCAGCAGUAGUGGAGGGAGUUGUGCUGAUAGGAGAAUGAGCAUUUCAAUGCGGGGUAACAAUGCAAGUUACUAGGAGGGAAAGCCGUAAAGACUGAAUUAUCUGAAUAGCUUUUUUUUAAGUUUACUUCCUCACUGAAUUUUUUCAUUCCUAGAAUGAUUUACUUGGAAGAGGCUAUCAUGAUGUAAAUCCCAAACUCUCUUACUCGAGACAUAUGGCUUGAAAUGCUGUAUACACUGAUACUGGUCAGAAAUCAGAAGUAAAAUAUGUAUUCAAAAACUUCUAAAGCUUGGACCAAGAAAAGAGAGCAGUGAUGUAAAAUCUUGGUGGGCCUGGGACCAAGUUUUUGGCCUAAACAUGAGACAAAAGAUACAAAUAAAUUUCCUUGUUUUCAAAGGCCUAAUACGAUAGAUGGAUACAUAAACGACAAGAUAUAUUAUUAAUCAUUCACUGUACCCAAAGAUGCAUUGGCCAUCAAUUAAGUAUUUCUUCAACUGGUUAAAUGAAUGUAAGUAGGAUUUGGGCUACACAGAAAAUUGUAACUAAUUCAUUAACUGUGUUAUUAUUUUCCAUCUACUUUGCGUAAUUCAACCUAGACGCUUGUUCAGAAUUUUAAAAAUAAGAAUAGUUUUAAAAAUCUACAUUUGUCUAUAAAUUAUUGUGUGAACUUUAAAAAACAUUAUCUAAGUAGACCAGGUUUCCCUGGUACUUGCUGAGCCAGAAUGCCAGACACAUCCAUCAUGGGCAUGACCCAUGCAUAUUAAGGUUUAUAACUUUUAAUCUAACUCAAAUUGCUUACUCCUAAGAAGGAUUAAGCUAUCUCAUGGGAUAAAUUGGGCUCUGGUGAUUUGGCUAACAAGAAAUAUGUAAUGGAUGAGCAUAUACCUCAUGUUUAUUAUCUACAUAAGCCAGAAGUAAGAUACUUUAGGAAAACCAGGACUGUAAAAUGCAAAGUUAAAUGCCAAAUAAAACCAAAGAUAAAAAUUUA